UUGACAGUUAGCGCCAUGGAUUGUUAUAAUUAAGUUUGAAGGGCGGGACACUUCAGAUUCUAGCGAGCGUUUCAUUGGACAGAUGUGCAGCAGUGAGUGAAGUGCAGGAUGAUGUCAUCAGAACCGCUGGUAGAAAGAGAGACUGUCGAUUUCUUCGUAUUUGGCUUCUUUGCCUAGAGAGAUGCUUGGUGACUUGACCGCAGUGGACUGAAGCCCCCCGGACAUCAUGUCUUCCGUCGUGCUGUGAUCUCGACCGCUCUGGGAAUCAGAAAUCGUCUGGUCUUGUCUUCAAACCCUCCUCCUCUGAUACGAUGGACACCGAAGCGGAGGUGAUUCCUAUUUGGCAGAACAAACCUCAUGGUGCGACCCGGAGUGUGGUGAGGAGAAUCGGUUCCACACUGCCUCUCAAACCCUGUCCCAGAGCCUGUUUCCAGGAGCUUCCUGGUCUGAACCCACUGCGGCACACGGAUGGCCCCCUGGUGCCCACGCUGGCCGACAUCGCCUGGAUCGCUGCUGAUGAAGAGGAGACUUAUGCCAGAGUCAGGAGUGACACACGCCCCUUCCGGCAGGAGUGGAGGCCGACGCCCCUCAUGGUCCUGCACAGGAACUCGUCAGUGCCCAAUUUCCGGCGAGAGGGGAAGCGCAUGGAGGGUCUGAGGAAGCCAGGUGCCACCGCCCUGAACCGCGCCACCGCCCUGCAGGACGAGCUGAGCCGCCUCCGCGCACAAAUCGCCAAGAUCGUAGCAGGAGAGACGGACUCGAACCCCAUCACCCCGGACCUCCUCUCUCCAGACGACACCACCGUCGGCUUCUCCAUGGCUCCUUUCGAGGCCGCGGCGUUCCACCCGCUCCCCACCGCCUCCUUCGUCAUCAGCGACGUCACAGAGGUGGAUGAGGAGGAGGAGGAGGAGGAGGAGGAAUUAGAGGAUGAGUCGGAAGUCCCCGAGCUAGAGCCUGAUCCCGUGCCCCCUGUCUGCAUGACGGCAUCGGCGACCUUUGACCUCGACCGGCCCACCAUGGACUUCCGGGAGGCGGAGGAAGACACCGUGUCGCUGUCCAAGUCCACCAGCUUCGCUGACGUCAAGGACAUCCUGAGGGACAUGAACCGCAUGAAGAUGAGCAAGGACAGAUAUUCCCGGGGCUGUACGUCGCUGAUGGAAGAGGACUCGGCUACUCUGAUCUCUGAAGCUCUGAGGAAGAAGUUCACUCUGCGGGAUGAAGACGUUAAUAUGAAGAAGUGAUCUGCCUUUUCUCCAUGAUCUCUGCGCCCACACACCCCGACAUGUCUGUGCCUGUGGACCGUUCACCAUGGAAACGCUACAGCGCCCCAUGAUGCCAACUUUAGCUCCGCCCCCUUCCCCUCCUGCAGUGAUUACAGCCUCACAGGAAUAGAGCAGCUCCCUGCUAAAAUCUCUCUCUCUCUCUCUCUCUCUCUCUCUCUCUCUCUCUCUCUCUCCCCCCCUGUGUGUGUGUCUCUCUCUCUCUCUCUCUCUCUCUCUCUCUCUCUCUCUCUCAAUGCUGCCUCCUCAGAGAGAGAGCACAGGGUGGGGAAUCUGAAGCAUCAAUAAUAUAUCGUGUGUCGAAUGUUGUGAUCUCUUCUAGUUUGAGCAGAAGUGUUCGUCAUCAUUCAGCUUUCCUCACACACGUUCAUUUACUGUUACGAAAUGUCUUUUUAUUAUUAUUUUUCCUUUCAUCUUUCCUCCAUCUCUUCUUUAUGAAACCUAGCAAUACAUACUUGACUCAUUUUGAUAACUAGGCUAGAUUAUUAUUAUUAUUAUUAUUAUUAUUAUUAUUAUUAUUAUUAUUUUCCUUGUAUUUUAUAUAUUCACUUCACCAGGACGCACAAGUUCUUGAAUAUCUUUCGAAGUAGCGUAUUUUCCCGAUUUAAUAAUCUGAAUUCUGUGUGUGGAGGGGGAAAAAAACGUCAUAACGAUAUAACGUUUCGCGUCCGUGUAUUUGUACGGUAAAAGUGACGAUUAACCGAAAGUUAGACGUCAUUCCUCCCUUACGCUAAACGCUCGUCCAGUACACGUUUACCGGGUUUUUUUUAUUUGAGGAUUUUCAGCGAUCUUUAUCGUUCACUUUACGCAGCCGUCGAAGUACAAACCGCGUCAGGAUUCACGGAAACGAACGCCAAAUCCAGGGAACGCCGCGAUCUCUCAAGACCGCCGCGGAUUCGGGCCGAGACGCGUCACGUGACGCCGUCGCAACCUUCAAGUUGCGUCGCAAAUUUCAAGAAAAAAAAAAAAAAAAACGCUUUUUUUUUUUUUUUUUUUUUUUUAACUCAUAAAACGCAGAAAUACUUUGAGGUUUGAUUUUAAAGAUUAGGUGUGUGUGUGUGUGUGUGUGUUGUAUAAGUAGUUGUGUUCAUUGCUGCUGUUGCUGCCUGUGUAGCUGCGGGGAACAAACCGGCUACGGACGAAUUUGUCCGUAAAUCGUUCGUAGGUGCGUUCACACAAGAAGCGCGGCGUUCGUGAAAAUAUAUAUCUAUACGCACGCAGACUCACUCACGCCACCCUCGAUUAAUCGGCUACAGAUCCGAUCUCCGUCGUCGACGAUCCUCGUUGCCGCGGUUUAAUGCACGGAUUACGCUCUCGACUUUUACCCCAACGAAUAAAACACCAAACUAACCAACGUCUCGUGUAAACGUACAGUUAUUCCGUAUCGACGACGAAAGCAAAGCCAUCCCAAAGCGAAUCCGUAAACGGAGCCGAGUGAGACUCGCUGUCGGGUUAGGUGAAAAGUAAUGGCGCCCUAUACGAGGAGGAAGCGCUGGAGCUGCGUUAACGGAAGGUCCAGCGUUCAGGAGACGCUCUUUUACUGCGUAGUCAUUCUUAACACGCUGCGAGCUUUGCCCUUUUAUGGAGUUUCGUGGGCGUGGCCGAAUGCAAAUCGGCCGUAUCGCGGUAAAUCACAGCAGGUUGGCGUUUAUCAACGUACACACGUGGGGGGGGUAAAAAACCCAGCGGAACUUGUCGAUCUUGCGGAAUCGUUUCGGUCGGUUUUGGCCGACGUAUGAUUUUUACCAAGUGUAAAACGCACACAGAUGGAAUGUUGUACGUCAUUUGCGUGUAAUCUGCACGACUGUGUUUAAGUUUUCAGUGUGUGUGAGAUUGAUUUCACCAUGCAACAGACAUGGGGUGUGUGUGUGUAUAUAUAUGUGUAUGUGUUUUCUUUGGCCACAAAUAACAUCACAGAACUCUGAGACGUUUGCGCAACUCGAGACGCGAUUUGCUUCACGAUAUUUACGUCUGCUCACAAAAUACCAGCAUUUUAAAAUCUUAUUAAAGACGCAUCGUUUCGACGUUUUCUUUCACAAGCAGAAAUAAUGAAGCUUACACAAUCCGUUCAGCAUUCCCUAAUCCACACGGUACCGUGUGGGGUACUGGGGUGGUUGUUGUUGUGAAUUGUGAUGUCGUUUAGUGAUAUUAAUUAUAAUAUCGUAAUUCCUGACACGACUCUUAUUUAGCUAUAAUUUCAAAUACUGACAGGAUCCGUUUCAGUCUGUACCGCAGAAGUGAAAUUUGCUUAACGGAGCAGCGGUGAAAACACUUGAAGUACCCACAAGUUUCCACCCAUAUCCGGGACGUGACGUCGGAAAUCGUGUACGUUUUAUCCGUCUCUCUGCCUUUAAACCCUGAAGAAACGAUCACGUCUGUAAUAUUUUCACGCGUCCGACGCUUGCUCGGAUUCUGUCGAUCGUACUCGCCGUAAAAACGUUCGUGCGGAAGUAGACGACCGCUUUGCGCACUAGUCGGUAAGCGCUGACGAGCUGAAUAAGUGCACGCUCCCAGACCGUACGGGGACGUGUCGUGCUCAGAAGGUUCUGGAGUAUAAUUCGCCCCUAGGAAGAUAUGAAGAAGAAGCCAUCUCUGACGGUUAGAGCUUUCAGGAGGCCUGCUGUGUGUUGGACAGAUCCAAGCGUGUUUUAUUACUUCCUGUUUGAUCACAGAUUGAGAAUUUUUCAUCCAGAGGAACAUUUGUGUGCUGUGACUUUGAAACCCCCCCCCCCCCCCCCCAAAAAAGAGAAUGCUGUACCUGCCUGUAUAUCGUGCAUACGAGAGAAAAUAAAAAGGAUAAUGUUUGAAAUACA